CCGAAGUAUAGCUCGCUAUAUGCUCAGCUAUGUCUGCGUCUGGCAGAGGAUGCUCCAAACUUUGAUGGCCCAUCAACCGAGAUCCAAUCAUCACAAAAGCAGAGCACUACAUUCAGGAGACUUCUGAUAUCCAAACUUCAAGAUGAAUUUGAAAACCGUGCCAGAAAUGUUGACAUCUAUGAUAAAAAUGACAGCCCUCUCACCUCUGAGGAGGAAGAGCAGCGUGCCAUUGCCAAGAUCAAAAUGCUGGGCAACAUCAAAUUCAUUGGAGAACUUGGCAAACUCGAUCUCAUUCACGAGUCCAUCCUUCAUAAAUGCAUCAAAACACUUCUGGAAAAGAAGAAAAGAGUCCAACUUAAGGAUAUGGGGGAGGAUUUGGAGUGCCUCUGUCAGAUAAUGAGAACUGUGGGGCCAAGACUAGAUCAUGAGAAAGCCAAGUCUUUAAUGGAUCAGUACUUCGGCCGUAUGCUAUCCUUAAUGAACAACAAGGACUUGCCUGCUAGGAUUCGUUUCCUGCUUCAGGAUACCGUGGAGUUGCGAGAGAACAACUGGGUGCCUCGGAAAGCUUUUAUUGAUAAUGGACCUAAGACUAUCAACCAGAUCCGUCAGGAUGCAGUAAAGGACUUGGGUGUUUUUAUUCCACAGAUGACUCAAGGAAUAAGGACUGACUUCUUUCAAGAAAGUUCUUUCUUGCCGACAAGAAUGAAACCUGAUCGAGAAACUCUUGGGGGAUUAGCGGAUAUGUUUGGGCAGAUGCCAGGCAGUGGGAUUGGUACUGGCCCUGGGGUCAUUCAGGACAGGUAUUCCCCCACCAUGGGCCGUCGCACAAACCCUCUUUUCAACGGUCACGGUGGCCACAUGGCCCCUGCACCCCAGCCUUUCAUGAAAUCCAACCAGGGGCAGAAUCUGCUUUUCCAGAGCCAGACUCAUUCAUCUCAACAGCAAGCUCAGUCAAAGGAUACGCCGCCACGUUUUAAGAAAGGACAGCUGAAUGCUGAUGAGGUAAUGACUGAGAAUGUUGUGACCGCUUUCUUGAGCAGCAAAAACAUGAACGAUGCAGUGAAUGGGGUGCGAGAGAUGAAAGCUCCCAAACACUUCCUGCCUGAGAUGUUGAGUAAGAUGAUCAUCUGCUCACUGGAGAGCCCAGAUGAGGACCGAGAGCAUGUCAGCACCCUGAUCAACACACUCCGGAUGGAGGGACUGGUCACGGGAGAGAACUUUAUGCAGGCUUUCCUCAGUGUUCUGGACCAGUGUCCCAAGAUCGAGUUGGAUGUUCCCUUGGUGAAGUCUUACCUGGCUCAAUUUGCUGCCCGGGCGAUCAUUGCUGAGCUUGUGAGCAUGGCAGAGUUGGCCCACCCACUGGAGAACGGCACCCACUUUCCUCUUUUCCUCCUCUGCUUGCAGCAAAUGUCCAAAAUGAAAGAUCGAGAGUGGUUAACCGACCUGUUCCAGCAGAGCAAGGUCAACAUGCAGAAGAU